CAAGGUAGAGAUAGUACCAGCGAGUUAAAUUUAGGAGUCGCGGACGACGUGUGAAGCUCGACAUCUCGGCCGAGUUGUCUUUCGUCAUUGCACAUCGAGAGAGAGAGAGUCUCGUUUGAGGUGUCUGGCUAGAGCGAUGACGGGUUCCGAGGCAUCGCACGAGAUCAGUGAGAGAUCCUCGAGUAUCGUGCGCAUCGCAUAUCAUCAAUUGAGCAUCAUAUAUGGUAUACAUGAUCCAACCGCUCCGGUGAACGUCACAUCUGUGGACACCGAUGUGAACGCUCAUAGCAUGGUAUGCACGUGUCGCCUGCUGGGUUUACCGAUAUUCGCCACCGUGAGAUCAGCUUUUUCUAACGCCUACUCCGUCGUGAAGGAUUCGCAUGAAUCGGUCGCGUUCGUACUAGGCGGCGCUGAGGAUGGAAUGCGCGCGGGUUUGGACUUUGCGAGCCCGGUCACUAAUAGAAUUGCCGACACUCUGGAAACGCCAUUGAAAUAUGUUGACAACGCCGUAUGCGUUGGGCUGGACUUUGUGGAGGAAAAAAUGCCUUCUGUGAAACUACCGCCUGGUGAAAUCUAUGAGAACAUGAAGGAUAGCUUCAGGAAUAUUUUCACAAAGGCGUUAGAAACUCUCAGGCUACUGUUUGGCGAGCCGAAGAAUCAAAUAGAAGGUUUGUCGGUUGCGAGUGAAACUACACAAGAGGAAAUCCGAAAAGUAUCUAGUUGAAUAGUGAUAAUAUGAAGCAUGUUUCGUACACUUAGGUUUUAUUGUAAAAUAUAUGACGAUAUCGUCUGCGGCGUUUCAAACCGAUUUCACACGAUGAAUUUAUUCACCAAACAGGUUUUUAAUCUAAAACAUUGCAACAUAGAAGUAUACUUGAUUAAACUUGCAAUUGUUUAAUGAUAAACGAUUCGGCAUAUAAAUGCAACAUAUUUGCAUUUGUUAUGAAAUUAACGGACAAAUGAAUAAGUCGUUUGGAAAUUGUGUUUGACGCCUGUGUUUGAAAUAUCUUUGUACAGUCUUUGGCAUUGUUACUUAAAUAAAUUCUGCUUUUUUUAUAUUGUU